AAAACCAGAUUGGAAAAUGGUUGCUGUUGCCAGUUGUUGAACUUAACCCUUCAUAUUUGGCCAUGACAUUAUUGACCAAAACUGUUGAAUCAGAAUGCUUUCUUCUGCCCCAAAGAAUGCCUCGGAGAGUACUUCAAGUGACUGCACAGGAACCUCCUUCAUCCUCUGUGGCUUUGAAAGCCUCCGUUUCACGCUACGACCCUGGAAUCUUCUUCUUCCUUGGGGGGACUGUGUUGCUCAUCAUAUUGCUCAUUCUUCUGUUUAUAUUUUGGAGGCGUACUAAAGGGCCAGCAAAUGUGAACACAACUCUAACAUGUCAACAACAUGGGAAAUAUAUUGAACCGCGUGAGGUGAUGAAGAUGAUGGUCCCAAAUAUUCAACCAGGACAGAUGGAGUUCAUUAGUGGAAACCUUCGGACAAUUAGCUACUUUGAUUUCUAGACAUUGAGGAGAGCCACCAAGAAUUUCCACCCUCGAAAUCUGCUUGGAAGUGGUGGAUUUGGGCCUGUCUAUCAGGGCAAGUUGGCAGAUGGAAGGCUUGUUGCAGUAAAGACAUUGUCUCUUGACAAGUCUCAACAAGGAGAAAAAGAAUUUCUGGCAGAAGUGAGAAUGAUCACAAGCAUCCAACACAAAAAUCUGGUUCGCCUUCUCGGAUGCUGCACAGAUGGGCCUCAAAAGAUACUCGUGUACGAAUAUAUGAAGAACAGAAGUUUGGACCUCAUAAUUUAUGGAGGGAGUGAUCAAUUUCUGAAUUGGAACACUAGAUUCCAAAUUAUUCUUGGUGUAGCAAGGGGAUUGCAGUACCUCCAUGAGGAUUCGCAUUUAAGAAUUGUUCACCGAGACAUCAAAGCUAGCAACAUUCUUCUUGACGAGAAGUUUCAGCCUAGGAUUGGAGACUUUGGGCUAGCUAGGUUCUUCCCUGAAGACCAAGCUUAUCUUAGCACUCAGUUCGCUGGAACAUUAGGUUAUACAGCUCCUGAGUAUGCCAUUAGAGGAGAGUUGUCCGAAAAGGCAGACAUCUAUAGUUUCGGAGUUCUUGUGCUUGAAAUCAUCUGUUGCAGGAAAAACACAGACCUCACUUUACCAUCAGAAAUGCAGUACCUCCCUGAAUAUGCAUGGAAAGUUUACGAGAAGUCAAUGUUGAUGGAAAUAGUGGAUCCAAGGCUGCGAGAACAUGGCAUGGAGGAAAAGGAUGUUAUGCAAGCAUUUCACGUGGCCUUAUCGUGCCUUCAGCCACAUGCGGAUUUGAGACCUGCGAUGUCAGAAAUCGUAGCAUUGCUGACAUUCAAAGUUGAAAUGGUUGCCAAGCCGAUCAGGCCAACCUUCGUUCACAGGAGGCGCGUAAUGGAUGAUGAGAACCACUCUUGGGGAGCCAUAUCCUCCUCCGAACCUUCCACAACUGCAGUGGCAUCAUUGUAGAACACACUUAAAAAGUCAAUUAAGAUACCAUUUCCUUAGAAGAAGGAAAAACAACUCCCAGAAACUAUGUAUGGAUUUCCUUCACUUUAGUUGUAUAUAUAUUAGUUAUCAUUCUAAAAUCAAUCUA